UGUGGUGCUGUCCGGGCGGUGCGGGGCCGUGCGGGAGGUGCGAAGCUGUCUCGGGGUUUCGGAGCCGUCCUGGACGUGCGGGGCCAUCCCAGGGCCGCCGCGCCGCGGGAGCUGGACGCGGGAAAGUGAAUGGAUCUUCAGGAGCAGAGUUGCUAAAACUGACGGAAAAUGGCAUAUCGAAGAGAUGAAAUGUGGUCUGAAGGGCGAUAUGACUAUGAAAGAGUUCCAAGAGAACGUCUCCCUCCAAGGAUUCACGGUGAUGGUGAUUACCACAGAAUAGUAAACGUUGUGCCCAAGAAACCACCACUGCUUGAGAGACCUGGGGAUGGAAAUUACAGUCGGUAUGAUGAUUACAGUCAUGCCGAGUACAGAGACUAUGAAGAGGGUCGUAGUUUUGCCCAUGACCGAAGAAGUGGCCCUCCACACCGAGGUGUACGUAAGGAUGAAUCAGGAUACAGAUGGGCAAGGGAUGAUCAUCCUACAAGUCGGCAGCCUGAAUACAGGGACGUCAGAGAUGGCUUCAGAAGAAAAAGCUUCUAUCCUUCUCAUUAUGUGAGAGAUCGAUCCCCUCAUAAGAGGGACUCUCCUUUCUUCAGGGAAUCACCAGGGAGCCGAAGGGAUUCUCCGCACAGCAGAUCUGGCUCUAGUGUCAGCAGCAGGAGCUACUCUCCUGAAAGAAGCAAAGCUUAUCCUUUCCACCAGCAUAGCAGAAGUAUGUCAUCUUUACAUAAAAGAAAUAUUUCUUCUCAGCAAGGUAAAGAGAGGACACUGAGAACGUCGAGAGAUGCAUCACCUUCAGGGUCCACAGCAGUACCCUCAUCAAAGGCCUUGGAGAAGAGCAACAGACUAUCAGAAAAGGAACUUGCAGAAGCUGCAAGCAAGUGGGCAGCUGAAAAGUCAGAGAAGGCUGAGGAAAGCAAUUUACCUGAAAUAACAGAGUAUGAUGCUGGAUCUUCAGCUCCAUUAUAUGUCGAACAAACGGGGGAAACAGAAGCAAAUAUAACAGAUAGUACGGAAUUAUAUGAGGAUGGCCAGUUUCUUGGUCGCUCAAAAGCAAUUGCAACUAAGACAAAGGAGAUUGAACAGUGACUUUGCAUAAUCAUGUUCCUGGUGAUCAUGGCUUUCCACAUGUGCUGGGCCUGGCUGGGAUGGAGUUAACCAGAGUAUGCUGUCAGUGCAGUUGAUUUAUCCCUGUGCAUCAGAUCAUAGGCUCGUACAUGGCCUAAAUCAGCUGCUACCAAAUGCAUAAACUUAUGGCUAUUUAAAAAUGACAAACUGAAAAAAAUACAAAGAUUAGGAGCAGAUUUUUUUAAAAAUAGCAGUUGUGAUUAUUUAGGCUGAUACUGGUGAAUCUGUGGAUUGGUUUAAUUCCCCUAGGUCCCCAGGGUUAUAGUGAUGAAAACAGAUGAAAAUUUGGACACGAAACUCUAAGGUUCUUUUCAGUAUGAUCUAAUGCUAUUGCACUUGGUAGAGUUUGCCCUUAAUUCUAAGGCAAUCUAGGUUAUGAUCCAUGAAAUGGAAUACUUUUAGGAACUUGGCUCAGAAAAGCCUGAGGAAUAAUUAAAGAUUUGGAUUUUGCAGAACCAGUUUCUCUGGUUGUUGAUUUGAAUAUUGAAGCUGUCAGCUUCCACAGAAUUUAAAUAAGAUUUUAGAAUGAUGCUAGAAGUACCUUCAAUACAUCUUAACUGAUGGAGAUGCUUAUUUUCUUAUAAAAUGAGGUACUAUGAAUUUGUUAAGAGUUAGACAGAAUAUUUAUUUGAUCAUUGAAACUCAAGACUGGAGAAUUAUCUGUAUAUUUUUCAAAUAAAUAUUUAAAAGUAGAUUCUGCUUCAGCAAUUAAAUUUUCUGGAUUUUUUUUAUUGUUGUAAUAGACCUAAUGAUUUUCAUAAUCAUCAUUAAUAGCAUAAUGAAUCAUCAUAAUGAAAUACUGUGAAUCUUCCUACUGUAUACUGAAGCAGUCUCUCUGUACAAACUUAUACGCUAUUCUAUUGACUUUGAGUUCUCAGCAUCCAAAAGUAAAUUUAAUUUAGUUCUGUGUGGCUUGAGUUCUCUUCCUUUGACAAGUAAUGAGAGAGGGAGCAAAGACUGGAAUGCAAGGUAAAUUUGCAGUGCUGUUGUGAACUGCUUACUAAAGGUUCUUUGGAUGAAUUUCUCAGUAUAAUUUAUACUGAUUUUACUACUUUUUAACUGAAAGUAUGUUUCUGUUUUUCACACAGUGAAAUUAAUCCUUAUCAUACAAAUUUAAUACUGUCACUAGUCAUGCUGUAUUGUUUAUACAGAUGUAACAUUUAAAUCUUUAAAGUGAACUGUAAGCUAUAAUACACUUUAGAAAGAGUGACCUGAUAAGAAAAUAUUUAAUAUAUUUAUAAGAAAGCUUUUUCAUUAUUUGUUUCUGAUUAUUUGUCUUGAAGACUCAAGUAAUAGCAGAAAAAAUUUUGCUCCAUGGACUUCUUUUCAGUUAAAUUUCAUUCAGGUGUUUAAAAUAGUUUCUGAAUAACUAGUUUUAGUUAUUAUUUCUGGAAUGUAAUUUUGUGGAAGGAUUACUAAAAUAAAUUAUUUAUUGCAAAGACUUAUGCUGCACAAGUGGUGAAGCUGUAAUCCCUCUGCAAAGCAAGAUUUCCAAACAGUUGUUUUUCAGUAUACACUGGACAGCUAUUAAGGUAUUUAAAAUAAGUAAUGAGGUCAGACAGGGCUUGUGCCACUGGGUAUGUGUCAAAGAAUUGGUGAGGGUCCAGCUAGUGUUUGAGGAAAUGAGGCUUGAUUAGAAUGCUUGACCCAUUGGAUCUCUUCUACUUCUGUCUCCCAAGUUGUUCUGCUUUCUCUUGGAGCACCAGAUCUAGUGAUGUUUGCUUUUCCAUUCAUAUUUAUUCUUAACCUGAUUGCCAGGUAUUUUUGCUGUUCCAAACUCCUGAUAAAGCCCUCUUUGCUUUGUCCUCUCCACCUGUCUCCAAAGCUCCAACCAGGAAAAAGAGCAAAAUUUUCCAAAUAUGUACUUUUACUUCAUAGUACUGUUGUUCAUAGUACUUUUACUACAUGGUACUGUUUCAGGCAAAUGCAGAGGCAGAAAACUGUGCUGACAGAACAUGCAGUGUCGCAAUGAGCAAAUUCAUUGCUGUACAGCAGAGAAACAGGCAGCCUGAUGCCCUGGGGGGUGGUGGUGGCAGCUUGUGAUAUAGUCUGUUAUUUCUCUUAAUAAAAGCAAACAAAAAAAAAAUCCCUUGAGCAAUUGAAUGAAAUAUUCAUACAGGUGUUCUGUUUAAAUAAGUGCUUCUCCAUAUCUUGUGUAUCGCUCAUAUCACUCUUUUGCAAAGUUCCCUUUGCCUUUCCUCUAAGCUACAAUAACAGAACCUCCAGAUUCAGAAUUUUAAAGGAAAUGUGAUUGUAAAUGAUCACUCGACUCAUGAAGAAAAUAUUUGUAUAUUAUUUAUUUGACGGGGGACUUAUUGCAAGCAUUCAUGUAAAAUCAUGCCAUUUAAAGAAAAAUGAAGUUUUGUGUGCUGAUGAUAACAGGGGAAAAAGUGUCAGACCAAGUGCUAGUUGCUGUUAGCUAUAUAGUGACUAUCUUUUAAGAGUCUGCAGUUGCUUUGCAAAUAUUGACUGAAGCUGACAUAAAGAGAGAAGACUAGAAGUUUCAUGGAUAAAGGCUUGGAAAAAUCCAGACACUGUUUUAACAGAGCCAAGAAUUAUCUAUGUCACUCUCAAACUAGAAAAACUCCAAAGUUUAUAUUUGAUUUGAAAUGUGCCAAUAUUACUUGGAAAGGAAGAGCAUGGCUGAAGAUGCACAGGUGCUUGAAAACGUUUCUGAACUGGGACUGCAGAUCCUGGACAUUUCUGACCUCAUCUUUGAAAGAACAGGCAUAGUGGCAGUAUCGUGGAAACAUCCAGCUUGGAUGGGAUCUCACCUGAGCCAGUCUCCUCUUGAAAAAGGGCCUUAGAUCAGGUUGUUCAGGGCUUUGUCAAAUUGAGUCCCACAUAUUCCCAAUGAAGAAGACUGCUGUUUCUCUGGACAGCCUAUUUUAGUGUUUCACUGCUCUGUCUCUUGAGCUCAGCUGCAUCACAGUCCAGAACAUGCUUUUUUUCCAACAAGGACACAGUUUCUGCUCACUGCUUCUCUUGACAGCUUCCUGUCCCCAUUCUUGAACUGCAGAAUCCCAGCUCCUUGCUGUGUUCCCCUGUUUUUAGGACCUGCUGCACUGGGAGUGGGCUCAGCUGUUCUCAGGGAAGGGUUGAUUUCCUAGAAUCCUCUGGCUCUGCCACUUUGUGGUUGAAAGAACAGAAUUUUUCCUGUCAUUUUUGCACAGCAGGUACUGGGAAAACUGUUUCCUUCCAUCCGAGUGCAUAGUCUUUUCAAUCUUUGUGCCUCUUUGCACUGAAUGAAAAUUCUGCAGCAUUAACGUGUGUCUCAUAUUUUAAUAUAUUCCAUUAAGUAGGGUCUAGAUCUAUGAUGUGUUCUUUAAUGUUCGGUUUGUAAUAGGAGGCUUUGGAGAGUUUUUAAAAAAUAAAAUAGGGAAGUAAUUAACUUUCUCAGUUGAGGUGUUUUUUGAUUGUUUGGGUUUUUUUGAAGCUGGGUGUUUCCUUAGACCUUUGAACAUGGCUUUCCCUCUUUGCUCUACAUUUAUAAUUUUGAAAUAAGGUGUUACAUGUUGUCUGAGUAUUUGUCUGAGCAUAGUGAGGUAGAACCCCAUUAAAGAGAUGCUUAAAAGAUUGGUCUGAGUACUUGAAAAUAGUGUAGCAGAAAAGCUUUCAUUGUCAUGUCAAGAUCAAUGAAUGCCUAUAGUUUGCUAAUGUAACCAUUUAAUGCACUUUUAAAAUACUUUUACAUUUAAUAACAUGCAGUAUGCAUUAAAGUAUUGUUUUGGAGUUGUUUAGUUUCUGUUUUUAUAUAGUUAAGGAUCAGCUUAUGCUUUCAGUAUGUAAUGUGCUGAAGUGUGGUAUUUUUUUGGAAGUGAUGACAAAUACCUCCCUGGUGUUAAACUCACAAUUGGAGCUAUUCAGCAUCAGUGUUACACAAAAGGCUAUCUCUUUGUUCUUCCUUUAUGAGCAGGAGUAGCAGGGAUUCUUAAAAUGUCUUAUCUUGUCUAGACAUCAAGUCUGCAAUACUGUGUUAAUUAGUCCAUUAUUAUGUGUCCAGUUUCUUACACAUUGCGUAUGCGAGUGACAUCGGUUACCUUUGGAAAAGUAUUAUUUUCUGAAGACAGAUGUUACCAAAUGACAAUUUUACCAAGUACCUUCCUUGAUUUUGGCAAAAAUCAAACCUCUUAGUCUCUGAAUGAGAUUUGACACUCAGAGCUUCAAUUUGGCUGUUAUCACAGAGUUCUGGCAUCUAACAAGGAAGCACAGGAAUUAAUACAUUCAUGAAUGCUUUUUUCUGUUAAGAGAAUUACUGUCAGACUGUAUGCUUCCAGUUCACCAAUGUCUUUAAAUAUGCAGCAGAAUAGUAUUUUAAAAUGUUCAAAACAUUUGAAUUAAUUGCUUCUUUACUUGAAUUUCUAAAUGAAAAUUGCUCGUUAACAGCCUUCUUGCUGGAAGAUGGUGAAAAUAAGACGUUUUUCUAAAGCUUGCAUUUGAAACUUCAUAGCUACAAUGCAUAGAAAGAAGGAAACCUAGGUGUGUGACUGGGUCCACAGGCUGCCCAUAUUCUGUUUUCAGAUCUGCUAACUCCUUUUUUUUAAGUAAAUUGCUUAAAUCUCUGGCCUAGAAGUUACAGUUAAGUAAGAAAAACAGGUUUUAGCAAUUAUAGUGUGUGUAGUUUCAGAAGAACUGUUUCUUGUUCUCCUUCUCUGUCAUAUUUCUUGUUCUGGUAAAACCUAUAUAGCAAUAGCUGAAUUGUCUUUGUGUGUAUUUAACACAAUUAAUGGGACUGUUCUCUGGAGGUGCUGCUCUGAGCGAAGACUGACCUGUCGCAAAGCAAUACUUCACGUUGCAAGGACUUAGUUAAGAAAGCUUUUGUUCUAAUAUCAGAACAUAAAAACAUUAUUACAGGCAUUUCUUUUGUAAUAAAAUAGUUACAAUUUCUGUAAUGUAUGAGAGUAUACUGUACGCCUUCCUCUCUGCCCCCAACCCCCCAGUGUCCAUUGCUAGUUUUGUUUUGCUUCAAACAGUGUAAAGAUGAAACAGGGUGUAAAUAUGAAGUAGCGUCUGCAUCUUGGCUAGGAAUAAGCUAAUGGUAAAUAUAUCAGAAAAGUUUUGUAAGGCUUGGAUAUGAUAGAUUAAGCACCUAAGUUUUAGCAGUUGUAGUAAAAUAAAUAAAUUACUAAUUGGAGUAAUUGGAGUCCAGGAAAAAAUUAAAGAGGCUUUUGAAGCUGGCCUUGGGUGCACCUUUUCUUUUGACUUUAGCUGAGCCAGGGAAACAGGUUACUGUUUCCUCAGAUUAACUUGCUGGUCUGCUUGUGCUGCUGCUCAUUUCAGGCAAAAUUAUCUAGGUUAGAAAAGAAUCCCCUAAUUAAAAUAUAAGUUAAGAACUAGGUGAGUUAAGUGAAGCUGAAAGAACUGGAACAGUGGCUAAAAAACACAUUAAAGGAUUAUUUCUGAUUGUGGAUGAGGUCAGGCAUGCUUUGUUUCUGACAGGAAUAGACCAGACAAGAGUAACAGGGCAGAUGAGAGUAAAAGAUGGGGAGGCUGUAGAUUUUCAUUCCCUCCUAGCUUUUCUGUUGUCCUUCAAACCUUGUGUACUUAAUACACAGUGGCAAGGCCUUAAUGAUGGAAUCAUCAUCAUCAGUCUAAUUUGGUUGGUAGCAUAGUAUGUAUCAUGCCUCCUCUGAGCUUAUGUUUAUUUUAUUUAAAUGUAAGUUGUAAUUAAGAGAGUUAAUUUAUUUUUUCAUAAUCAAGAAAACAUUUGUCUCAGGUUCUGGUAUUUUGCCUUAGGCUUCUCAGAAAAAUUGAUGACAAUCCCUUUACUUAAUUCUAUCAUCUCCCUAUGAUCUUGUUUCAUCCUUUUGUGGUUUAUUAGUUUCCUUGUAUCAGUAUCCUUCUCUUUAUAUAUAAAAGGCAAAUAAUUUAUUUCUUUUUACACAUUCUUAGACACUUUUUCUUCGAUAAUAAUUCUGACUUGCUGAUUUUUCUACGACCUUUUACUUCUUACUCUAGACUUCAUUUUUAUCAUUGCAAAAUCAAAUUGGUUACAUUGCUGAGUUUAUUUGAUCUCUGUAGUUCACACUUGCCUUAAUUCUUUUUUUUGGUGUUGGGAUCUUUCAGUGUUAUAAAUAUGAGCUGUUUGUUAGCAAUUUGUGUUUUCGUGUUUAUGAAACUGCAAGAUGAAGCACAUAAAAGCUUUUGGUCACCAUCUUCAUAGUAUCUUUUAUUCUUCUUACAAAUACAUUUAUUUAAAGCAAAGUACUUGUAAAAGGAUGUGAAAAUUUUAGCUACUUUCCUUUUCUUGUGUUUGGGUCACAAUGCUUUAGAAGUUGUAGUCCUUCACUUUACGGUUUUCCAGCUGUGUUCUAUUCCUUUUCCAUGGACAUUAAUGGGUUAUUUGGUAGGCACUGCUGUGUUCUUAAUUACAAACUGCUGCAUAUGCAAAAUCAGUGCAACUCAUUCAUUUUACUUCAGUACCUGAAGGUAUGGUUUAAUAAGGAAAUAUAUUACCACAUUUCAGCUUUUUGCCAGCAGCUUUUUUCAUUGGAAAACUGAUAGAAAGUGUUAAUUUAUAUGCAACACUCUCAGGGAAAUACUUUUAAGAGAACUUAAUACCAGAAAUGUAUGCAUUUAUGCAAUAACAGUAGGGUAUUUCUUAGAGAGGUUGGAAUUAGAUAUAAUUCACCUUUAGCUUUCUAUCACUAACUAUCUAUUGAAGAUCUUAUGUUUUUUAGUGUAAACAGUUUUAGGCCUGUGCUGAUCACAUUAUUUUGGAGUUGGUGAAUGCUGAACCCAUUGACAGAUGUAGAGUUUUUGAUGUAGAGGCACUUCAUUAUGUGAUCAUGCAGUACUGCAGAUUGCAAGAUCUCACAACUGUUUGCUUACACACGUCUUAAGGGGGAUUGUUUACAGGUGUUACAAUGUGGUCGCAAAUCUCUGUAAGACUUAAAUGAUAGAGGGUUAGUAGUUAGGUACUUGAUAAAAUUGCUGAACUAGGUUGAAACCAAAGAAAAUGUGAAAGGAGGUUGUUCAAAUCUGAAAGACAAGAUCCACUUCUUGGUCAGAUAAAGUGGAAGUUUAAGGAGAUACAUAUUAAAUAGCAUUUUUUCAAUCAACAGCUAGCAGUGAUUGCUUGAUUUAAGAUUUCUGGUUCUGUCGUGAGAAACCAGAAGAACAUAAAGACAGGAUGAAAGAAGACUUGGAAACUAUAAUACUGAGUAGGCUGGAAAGAAAAAAGAUUAGUUUUAGGAGAUGAUGAGUGCAGAAAGGUAUUAGAAAGAGAAGAAACUCACUAAAAAUGUGUGGGCCUUGUUAUAUAAUUAGGAACUAAUUAUGAGAAAUUGCUUACUGAAAAAACUGUCAGAAGUUGAGAUGCUUGGAAGGAUAAGCUGAACUGACACUGGCGAACCUCCUGAGAAUGCUGAAGGAUGAAACCAGAAAUGAUGCAUAGUCUGAGCCUUGAUAAAGGCAGUAAUUUCUGUAGGAGUGAGUGUUGGUUUUGUGGUGUGUUGCGUUUUUUGUUGGGAGGGGUUGGGUUUUUUUUGUUUGGGGUUUUGUUGGGUUUAUGGGGGUUUUGGUGGUGUCGGUGGAGUUUUGUUGUUGUUGCUUUUGAUAACUUGGAUUUAGUUCAGAGGAUAGAGAAAGCCUCCUUUUCAAUUUUGUCUCCAGUUUAUUCUUUCUUUAGCAGAAGGGCAUUGGUGGACUUAAGAAGUAGGUUAGCAGUGGUGUUUGAUUUUAUUUUUGGACUGUUUUAAGGAUUAAAGAUCAAAUUCUCUUUUAGUUGACUCAAGGCACUGAUGAUCAAAGUUUUAAGUAUUUUUUGUUCUUAUAACAUAAUGUCUCUUCAGCAUUGUUACUAGGGAAACCUGCUGCUUCGUGGAUUGAAACAGAGUGAGAAUAGGAUCACUCCCAUAAACCUAGUAAUUAGAUCCAGAGAUCUAAAUUCCCUUAGAAAUAGCCUAAGCUCAAAGAACUACUGUCUAACGUCUGUACCUCCCCAUUCACAUCAUCUCUAUCAGUAUUCCCAAUACAGUCUGAGCAUUGAUCUUCUGAAAGACUUAGAGAGGAAACAAGAGUCCAAGUGGUGCUUAAAAUAAGAUGUCUGUAGAGCAAAUGGAGGAUGGUGUCAUAAGGGAAAGGUUUCGUAAAACCAUGUGAUGAUGGGAAUGCGGUAAUUGAGCGAACAUGCAAAAAGCGCUGUAAGUGGUAAAUGAAAUGUGGUGACAGGAAGGACUUGAUGUUUGGCAUGGAAACUGGUUUCCAUUUCUCCUGCACUGACAAGAGCUUUCAGGCCUCAGGAGGUUGAAGUAGACAGCGGCAGAGUAGUAUCACUCUACCUGUAGGGAGGGAAAAUUUGCAGAAGUGUGAAUCUACAGUUUUAUGGAUUUUUGUGUCUUUUACAGACUGUGGUGCUUAUCUUUAUAUAACAGAAACUUGGUUUGUAGAUGAGAGUUUUCCUGGUGAAUAUAGUUUAAUCCUGUGAUCCAUUUGUAAUCUGAUUUAUAUACAACACUGAUGCAUGUGUAAAUAUAGGAUCAUCUGUGACCAAAGACAGUUGGGUGACAGGUUGUAUUUGUCACCUGAUUCUUAAAUUUAUAUGUUAUAUCUCACUGCCUGAUGUCUUCUUUCUUUUGGCAGUUGUUUCACUGAGCAGGUUAAACUCAGUAUGUUCUAAAGAUGGAUAGACUACACCCUUUUGCAAUAGCUUGUUCUUUUCUGUGAAUAUUAGUGGAUUAUUUAAAAGUAGCUACAAUUUACUGUUACAUAGUUUUUUGUUCAAGUUAUUUUGAGUACAUUUAAUAUUUAUUUAGGUUUUUAUCUUAAAACCUUGGCAUACAAAGUAUUAAUUUUCUCUGACCUUGAAAUAAAUACAGGGUAAUCUUAUAGUUUCAAAAGGCAUCAGAAUUGGGAACUUUCCUAAAUGAUAUGGGGAAAAAAUCUAUUGUAGCAUAAGUUGUUUAUACAUGGGCUUCUUCUGUAAGUUAAGAUUGUGAAAACAUUAGAUUUUUAUCUUGGGGUAUAAAUGACUAAUGCACAUAAUCAUUUAUUGCUGACCCGCAAGGAUCACUUUUCCUGUUUUGUUUGACUCUUUUUUGCAUUGAUGUUGCAACUUUUGAGUCCUCAAUGAUUGUCUGGACGUACAUUAGUAUGGAUAUCGCAAGGGCACGCGUCACAAAACAUGGCAGAAAAACAAGGGCCGAGACUCCACAGGAGAAAGGUUACAGUGUGCCAGUUUUCCUUGCUACUUUGACUUGCAAAGGCUAAGAGAGUCAGCCUGACUUGAAAUAAACACAGAAGGUGAAUACUGACCAAUCGAGUGGGUCAUGUUGUUCGUGGUUCUUUAGCUUUUCAUGCUUCUUUAGAAGGAUUGUUCAUACAUGAAUUUUUUAAACUACUGAACUUCAAGUAUUGCUCUCAAUGACACUAAUGACCUUUGAUACAUGUUUUUGAUACUGUUUCUCCAGUGUUUAAUUCGCUUCUUUCCCCUUCUCCUGACUGCAGAUGCCUUAAAUACUUAGUUUCAUUACAACAUGAAAUGUUGUACUUAUGUGGGUUCUGUGUCUGCUUACUUGACUAUAAGUAUACCUCACAAGCAGUUCACCACCUCAGUAUAGUAGAUAAUUUAUAUAUUAACUUUUUUGGUCACGUGCUACCUAAAAAAAAAAUCUCCACAUAAGCAUUUUUAAACAGAAAAUCAUAAGUAGGUUAGGAUAUGCCAACACAAGCUUCAACUGGAAAUUUUCCCCUUUUAUUAUGUUUCUUUUUAAAACUUGGCUUUCUGGAGAAACUAGCUUAUGCAGUUGCGGAGUAUCUAUGCUCUGUAUCUUUCGACUCUAUUGUCAGAUUUCAACUAAAUUCAAUUUAGGCAUAAACCAAAAUGAUUAAUUGUUACAAGCUUUAUGAAAAUAGGCAGUGACAGAAACUGCAUGCAUUCCAGUGGAGACCAUGUUAUGAUUGCAUCUCAUUAGACACCCAAAAGUCUCCUUAAGCAAGUGCUGCUGUUUAAAAACAAGGAAACAAAAAAACAACCAAACCCCAACUUUUACCACUGCAGACUUCAGCUGCACAUUACAAAGAGUUUGGUGCUACCGUAGCUUAAGAAAUUAUGUUCCUGUACUGUUCCCUGUGCUGGCACAGUAGUCUUUGUGGGCCUGACCAUGAAUCAGGUCAAGAAAAAGAAUGAAAAGUUUAUAGAUACUCCUUUACCCAGUUCUCUUAUUCACAGUGUAGCUCCUUAAAUGUGCCUGCUGCUACAAGGGAGUACCCUUGCUGUGUUGUAUGUCGAGCCACUACCAUCUCUGAACAUUCACUAUCUUGAAGGUACUGUUCAGACACACUUAGUGUACUGCUUAGACACUGCUUAGUUAUUUAAUCAUCAGGCAGUAAUCUAUAGAAAGCUGUAGUCUUUGGUGGUAUUUGCAGAGUAGCUGUUUAUUUUUUCAGGGAAGAUAAAACUUUAAAAAAUAUUUCUGUUCAAUUUCUAUCUAAAGCUGCCAUAACGAGAACUCACUUCAAGACAUCUCACUAUCUUCUAACUUUGAUAGCAUUGGUUCUGCGUAUUUUCAAGAAUUAACUCACUUGGAAGUACUAGUGCAUCACUAGACACCCUCAUAACAGCCUCUUCCACGUGGCCUGUUGGAGCCAAACUUCGAUUUAGUUGUGAACCAAACUGGUACCUGUUGGCUCCAGCCUUUAAGUUUUUGAGUAGAUUUUGAGCAGAAAGAGCAGUCACAAUAAACCAGUAUUUUUGGUAGUCAGAUAGCUUGGUUUUGUAAACUAAAUGAUCUCUUUUAAUUCAAACUCUAAUCGCUCGCAGUUCUUUAAAAUAUUUUCACUUUAGGAAAAUGAAUACCAAGAGAUUUUUGUUUUAUUUAUUGUCUCUCAGCUAAUGCAAUGAAGAACUGUAAGUGUGCAAUUAUAGAGAAGUGUUCCCACACCAAGGCACAGCUUGCUGUAAAGUAAAGCUGGAAGCUCUUUUGCAUGUGUCUGUUACCUGCCACUUGAACAGGGUAGUUGUGACAAGAACUCUGUUACAGUUUAAGAUAAGGAUGUCUCUGUUCGUUUGGGGGGACCUGUGAGCUAGACGCGGCCUCCUUGAUACGUGUAAUUAGAUGACUUCUGUUGGUGGUGCAGUCUCGCCUGUAGCUCUCCCAGCAAAGGGGAUGGAGACUGUAACUUCACCAGUUCUUGGCAGUGGCACUGGUGGGCCCCUCCACACCCAACAAAAAAAUUUUGUUUUUUCGCACAACUGAAAGGGAGAAACCAAUCUAGGAAGGCGAGUGUCAAGUUAGGAAUCUUCCUGUCCAAGUUCUUUUAUAUGCCAAGAGGUGGACCAUAACAUAAGGAAGAGAGGAGGACUGGAUAUGUCCUUGGGAAGGCAGGGACAAAAGGAUACAAGAGUUUCUGUGGAAGAGGCAGUGUAGAACUAUGUCUAGCUGAGGAAUGAGGUGACCUCUGAAUUGGAAGGUGGAGGAAAUCUGGAAGGGAUGAAAGGAUUUGUGGUGACAGGAGAGGUAGGGUUAGUAACUGAGUGUGGGAAGCAAUGAACCAGGGUGGGACUGGAUUUGCAGUUGAAAAAAAAAAAUAAAGAUUUGUGCCAAGAUCAGGAACUGCAGCCAAGAGGGUGGG